AGAACCAACUUGCGCAAUGCCCUCAGAGGCAGAGGAUCCCAGAAUCUGUCGCCAAAUCCUCCAGUCCGACACGACGGCGUUAGCGACAUGUACCAAUGAAGAGCUCACGUUCUCGGGCAGCUACUGGGCUAGUCAAUGUUGGAGCAAAAGUGUAGAGAGGCCAACAGAAAUUCAACCAGCGAUCCUCUGCGUCGUUUGCAUCCAGACGAACAACCAGUCCUCAUCUCCAAGAUCCCAACCAACCUCUGCCCGAUGAAUUAGAUGUAACGGGCCACAUAUCCAGUUGAUCUCCACCACCGUACAUACCGAUCUUUGAUGGCCAGACUAACUCAACCGUUCACCGCGCGCUUCGUUUCGUCCCCAAACCAUGGCGGCCCCGACCCGAUGGGGUUCCUUUCUUUCUCAAGCCGUGGCCGGCGUGGAAGCUCGCCUGGACACCAUUCUCGCCGACAACGAUGACAGCGCCGCGCAACAGAAGGAUGCUAAACCGCCAGCCGCUGCGUCACCCGCAAAACAGAAUCCUGGUGCAGGUCCCUCGAGAGGCCCCUCAAACGCCCGUCCCAGUGAUCGCCUUCAAGAAAAGCUCGCGAGAGCUUUGGCUGCCAAGGCAGCAGGCCAGAAGUCCGAUUCCGCUGCUCGGUCAUCCAUGUCUACGCAGGGCAGUCCGCGCCAAAGCAUCGAUGCACCGAGCCGCAACUCAACAGACAGCAUAGAUGCUGCGAGCCCGGCUGCGAACGAAGUCUCCAUGGAUGCCGCCUCUACACGCGGCUCACAAGAGGUUUCGAGGCAAUCUCAAGACGGCCGACCAGCAGACCCAAGCGCUAAUGAGGCUUCGGCAAACGGGGAAAAGGAGACCCAGACGCCGGCUGAGGAAGUAAACGACGCAAGAAGCUCCGCAGACCUGCAGCAUCCCGUAACGUCGGCACCUAAGAGCCCACCAGCUAUGGUGCUCCCGGUGGCUAACUCAUUAAUAAGCACUAAAUCCGCCCUGGAUGACGCCGAGGAUGACGGACAAGCAAAACAGGGGGACAAUGCGCUUGAAGAGGCCCAGCUACAGCAUCAGGAAGAGAUUCACGGCUAUGUAGAGCGCAUCGAUGCACUCGAGGCCAAGCUUCAGUUCCUGGCCAGGGAAGCUACAGAGUCGGCGAGAAAAGCGGCGCUGGCCGCGCCCGCGGGGAGCGUCGAGAAGAAGCUGGCAGAGAAGGACCAGCAGAUCGCGCAAUUGAUGGAGGAAGGGAAGAACUUGGCAAGCACAGAACAGAAGCACCGCGCCAUCUUGAAGAAACUCCGCGCCAAGAUAGCCGAGGAAGAGAAGGAGCUCGGCAACCUACAAGCGGCUAAGGCUAAGACGGACAAGGAGGUUGAGUCCCUCCGCGUGCGCGCUCGCAGGGCCGAUGAGCUCGAAAGGACGCACGAUGACCUACAGAAACGCCUUGACCAGACGCAAAAGGAGCUCGGCGUCCUACGGCCCGAGAUCCGUUCUAAAGACAGCACCAUUGCAGAGCUUCGAGCCCAAUUGCAAAAGGCUGUUGAGCAAGCAGAUGCAAUGACGGCCAAGGUGAACGAGCAGGCACGGGAGCAGGACAAGCGGCGGAUUGCAGAUCUGGAGGAAGAGGUGGCUGCCUUAAAGGUGGAAAAGAACCUUGUUGCCGACCGAGCCAAGGCGCAAGCUACGGAAUUGCGAGAGAAAGCUGAGAGGGCUAACGAGCGUGCUCGGGCGCUGGAGCUGGAGCUCAAGGCCGAGGUGCAGGUAUUGGAGGGAAAACUCGAGGCGAUGCGGAUACGGGCCGAGGAGGCGUCAUCUGGCGUCGCGGGCGACUCGCAGGCCAAGCUGUUGCGGCAGAUUGAAACGCUGCAGACGCAGUACUCCAUCGCGAGCGAGAACUGGCAAGGAAUAGAGACGACACUGCUGGCGAGGAUCACGGGACUGGAAAAGGAGAAGGACGAGGCCCUGCGGAGGGAGUCGGAGAUGAGGCGGAAGGCGCGCGAGGCGACCGUCCGAGCGAAGCGUCACGAGGAGGAGUUGGAGGAGACCAAGACCAAGAUCCCCACCAUCCAACAGGACGUCAAGUCUUACCAAUCUCAGCUCGACUCGCUCAAAAAGCGGGCCGAAGAGGCUGAAGCCGCGCUCGCCAAAGCAAAAGCCGAGUUUGACAAGGAGAAACAAGCCUGGGAAGUAGAAAGGGAAGAGCGACAGCUCCUCCGGCAACCCGUUGAGCGGCCCAGGUCCUGGCUGGAAGAUCUCCCCGGCGGCUCCUUCAUCAAUCGCGAUAGCCGCCCCGCGUCCCCGCAACUCUUGGCCCCCCAGCGGACUAUGAGUACCGACUUCCUGGGCAUCUCAAGCCUGACCGGCAAGGGGCCGCGCAAGGUCUCGGCGCCGUCAAGCAACAGUGACGCAGGCGGCGGAGGCGGAGGCGGCGGCGGAGGCUUCUUCAGCCGGCGGCCCUCGGCGCAGGUUCUCACCCGUCCAUCCCUGCCCUCCUCCCAACCGGGCGGCGCGGGCAGCGGCAUCUUCAGUCCCCUGUCUGUCUUCAGCCCGACCACCUCGGAGGCGCCGCCACACCCCCAUUCGCUCGACAGGGAGGUGCAGCAGGGCGAGGACGCGUUCGGGGGCGGCGAGACGACCGCGUCCUCACCACAGCAACAACCACCCGGUGGCGGAGGCAGUGGUGGUGGGAAUGGGAACGGGAAUGGCGGGACGCUGCUGCAGGACAUGGUGUCGGUGUCAACGGUGACGGCGGGGCCGUCGGUGCAGCUCGUCGAGCGCAUGAGCGCGGCGAUUCGCCGGCUCGAGAGCGAAAAGGUGGCGGCCAGGGAGGAGCUGGCCAGGAUUUCCAAGCAGCGCGACGAGGCCAGGGCCGAGAUCGUCGCCCUCAUGCGCGAGGUGGAAGGAAACAAGGCCGCCGCGAAGCAGCUCGCUGCCUUGGAGGCCGAGGUGGCCGAGGUGAGGGAGCGCUACGAGACCACGCUUGAGCUGCUAGGGGAGAAGAGCGAGUUGGUAGAGGAGCUGAGAGCGGAUGUGGAGGACGUCAAGGCUAUGUAUAGGGAUUUGGUGGAGAGGACUAUCAAGUGACGUGCACAUGACUUUGUGUUAAGUUGAAGGGGCUCGGCGAGUGCAAGCUUAUACAGCGAGAGCAAUCAGCGUGCUGCCGGUUGGAAGGCAAAGAUACCAUAUCAAACCCUGGGUUUUCGCUGCCAAUCCACUGAGUGUCUAUUGUAGCCUGUCUGCUACGUAUUACCCGUGGAUCCGGGCAUCACGAGAUGUUUAGAGCUCAAUUCC